AUGCAGAAUAACAGCAAUGGAUCCGACCUGUUUGGAGAUUACAGCGCGUGCAGGGGGGACGAGGAUGAAGGCGACAUCUCCAAACUGAUCAACCCCACAAACGCAGCGACCAACCUGGGCACACUGAACCUGUCACUCCACUGCUGGCUCCAGAUACUUUCAAAGGAAUCCACCUCAGAUCUAUAUGGAGACAGUGCAAACCUGGCGGUGCGUAUUGUCAUUGCCUCGGUCUACCUGGUGGUGUGCGUGCUGGGGCUUGUGGGAAACCUUUUGGCCUUGUUCUUGCUCCACUCUCGUCGCCGUGGACACCACCACUCCUCCAUUGACAGCUUUGUGAUGAGCCUGGCUCUGACAGACCUCCAGUUUGUGCUAACUCUGCCCUUCUGGGCUGUGGACAUAGUGCUGGACUUUCGCUGGCCCUUUGGCAGAAUCAUGUGUAAGAUAGUGAGCUCAGUAACUACUCUCAACAUGUAUGCAAGUGUCUUUUUCCUCACGGCCAUGAGCAUGACGCGCUACCACUCUCUCAUGACCUCUUUGAAGAUGGAGAGCCCCAGGAUUGCCAUAGCUCGUGCCAAAUGGGCUAGUUUGGCCAUAUGGGUGGUGUCACUGGUGGCUACUCUACCCCAUGCUCUUUAUUCAACAACAGUCCAGGUCUCUGCUGAAGACGAGCUGUGCUUGGUGCGCUUCUCAGACUCAGGGCAGUGGGACCCGCAGGUCUUGCUUGGACUUUAUCAGACACAGAAAGUACUUCUGGGAUUUGUAGUGCCCUUGACCAUCAUCAGUGUGUGCUACCUCCUGCUGCUUCGUUUCAUCCUGAGUCGGCGUGUUGUGGCCAGUGUGACGAAUGGGAAUGUGAUGGAAAAGACCGAGAGUGAGAGGGGGCGGCACCGGAGGCGCUCCAAAGUCACCCGCUCAGUGACCAUCGUGGUGCUAUCCUUUUUCAUCUGCUGGCUCCCCAACCAGGCGCUCACACUGUGGGGCGUGCUCAUUAAGUUUGACUUGGUUCCAUUCAGUAAGGCUUUCUACAACACACAGGCCUAUGCUUUCCCUCUGACUGUGUGUCUGGCUCAUGCCAACAGCUGUCUCAACCCAGUCCUUUACUGCCUCAUCCGCAAGGAGUACCGCGCUGGGCUCAAGGACAUGUUGCUCCGAGUGUCCCGCUCUGUCCACACCAUCCUCACCAGGGCUCUGAGGGGCAGGAGAGUGGAAGGGACUCCCCCAAACUUGGUCAUGGUACGCACAGAAAUGAAUAUGUGA